GCACAGAGGCACUGGGCUGGGCAGAGCAGAGGGCAAACAGAAAGGUCCAGGGUGUGGUGUUCGAGAGAGGGCAGCAAGGGGGACUUUGGACUAACUUAGUGGCACAGCCAGAGAAAAACACAUGCAUGUGUGCAUACAUGCAUGCAGAAGGGUGGUAUGCUCUUUUUCUCUGAUAGUGUGGACAAGAGGGGUGUGUGUACUGUCUAAGUAGAAAACCUCAUGUGCAACUUCUGAGAAGUAAGGUGGUGUUGGUGUGCAUCCGUGUUUGGGAGAUGGUUGCCGCCUUGUAUGCAUGCCAAAAGAAGAGGUUUGCAGAACCCAAAGAGGAAGGGGCAAUAAAGGAGUGUGUGUGUGUCAGUGUAAAGGGCCCUGUUGUUGUUGCUGUGCAAAAGGGGGAGGGAGGCACCUAUGACAGGGAAAGGGGGAAAGGCAUGUGUGUGUGUGUGUCUGUGUAGUGCAUAAAUUAGGCUGUGUGUGGCAAAGAGGGCAGGCGGUACACACCCAGUGCGAGGGGUGCUGGAGAGGGAAGCUGCUUUUGCCAGUGGGAGAGUUGUGAAAGAGGGGAGAGUGAAGUCUGUGUCUGGGGGGAGACAAGUUAGAUUGUGGGUUUGUGUGUUUGUGAGAACGUGCGCGAAAGGGAGAGGCUAAGGGUGAUCUGUGAUUGAGAGAAAAAAGAACGAAAGUUUGCUAGGAGAGCAUUCAUCAAGAGUCUUCUGUGACUUGGCUAGCAACCCCAAAACCACACCGUUUUCCAAUCAUUUUUCCACGUCUGGUGGUUGUGUGCGUUGACAAGUUGCCCAUCCUUCCAUCUGCCAGAAGAGAAGGUCUCUCUCCGUCCUUGGUGCCACUCUGGAGCAGUCGGUGGAUCUCAAGACGCCGGGUUGAUUGCCCAGGAAGGAGAUGGUGACUGUGCCCCCAGUGGCACAGGGGAGUGCCCCCUUGGCAUAGCGGACCCAGGCCCUGACAGUCAGCCUUUGGAUGCAGCUGGAGGCCCAACACUAGCAGCCUCUGGGGUGACCCCUGUCCCCCGCCUGGGUCCCACCAUGGCUGCUGAGGUGCGACUGAAGAAGCUGGAGGAGAUGGUUUUGGACCGGGGAGUAGUGGGCUUGGAGACCUUGGUGGAUCUGCUGCUCUGUGUCCAUCAUGAGUUGAGCACUUCGCCUCUGGCCCAGGAGAAAUACAUCAGGGAGUUCUUGCAAUGGGCUGAGCCAGUGACAUCCAGAUUGAAAGAGCUUCGGUUGCAACGGGACGAUUUUGAGAUCCUCAAAGUGAUCGGCCGAGGAGCCUUCAGUGAGGUAGCUGUAGUGAAGCAGAAGAGGACCUCACAGGUGUAUGCCAUGAAAAUAAUGAACAAGUGGGAUAUGCUGAAGCGGGGAGAGGUCUCCUGUUUCCGGGAGGAGCGAGACGUUUUGGUGAACGGAGACAAGCGUUGGAUCACACAGCUGCAUUUUGCAUUUCAGGAUGAGAAUUACCUGUAUCUGGUGAUGGACUACUACGUUGGGGGUGAUCUCUUGACGCUGCUGAGCAAAUUUGGGGACCGCAUCCCUAUGGAGAUGGCCCGGUUCUACUUGGCUGAGAUGGUGAUGGCCAUAGACUCAAUACACCGCAUGGGUUAUGUGCACAGAGAUAUCAAACCAGACAACAUCCUUCUUGACCGAUGCGGACACAUCCGACUCGGGGACUUCGGCUCCUGUCUCAAGCUCCGUGAAGAUGGGACGGUCUGCUCGACAGUGGCGGUUGGCACUCCAGAUUACCUCUCCCCCGAGAUCUUGCAAGCGGUGGAAGAUGGAGCUCAUUCCUAUGGCACAGAAUGUGACUGGUGGUCUCUGGGCGUUUUUGCCUAUGAGAUGUUCUUCGGUCACACUCCCUUCUUUGCGGAUUCUGUCGUGGAGACCUAUGGCAAGAUCAUCCAUUUCAAGGAGCAUUUCCAGUUCCCCUUGUCAGCCACAGAGAUCCCUCCAGAAGCCCUGGCCUUAAUCGAAGGGUUGAUCUGUCCCCGGGAGACACGGCUGGGGCGCAAUGGCGUGCGGGACUUCCAGGAACAUCCCUUCUUCGUCGGCGUGGACUGGGAGAGCCUGCGGGACUGCCUGCCACCGUUCGUCCCUGAAUUCGCCAACGCCACCGACACGUGCAACUUUGACGUGGUGGACGACUGUCUCACUGACAUGGUGAGAGGGGGAGGGGAGACCUUGUCGGAUGUGAUAGAGAGCUCUCCUCUGGGUGUGCACCUGCCUUUUGUGGGAUAUUCCUACAGCUACACAGCCGUGAAACAGAAUGAGCCAGAAGAAACGGUUCGCAGGGACAUCAGUAUGGAGAUGGACUGCACCAGGAAGACGUCGGCAGGAGAGCCAAGGCCCAAACAGACCCCUGAGGAGCUGGUGUACAAACUACCAGACGGGCAGAAGCUGGACCUCACCACUUUUCUUGAGUUGCAGUCGGCGCUGGAGGAGGAGCUGAGGAGCCGAGAGAUGCUGUGUCAAGAGCUCAGCAUGGUCAAGUUGGCCAACCAGACCUUUGCCAGCCAACUGAAGGAAGCCGAGAGCCGCAACUUAGAACUGGAAGCUCAAAUCAAACGCUUGGAAGAGCAGGUCGAAGGGAUGAAAACGGUGGGCGAGGAAGCUCCUCUGGUGUGGAGCCCUCGUUGGCCCCCCAACCACUCGCACCCUUUCUUUGGCUGCAUGGAGCGCCCGGCUGAUGCGGCACCAUGGCAUCUCGGCUCUGUGAAUACCCGCUUGUGGUACCUCUGUACCGGCACUUGCUGCUCUUUUCCAGGGUACAUAGGCCCUGCAUCGUCAAGGUGGGAUACCUGCUCCUAUGCACUGGCCGUUUCGGACUGGAGGCCUCUGCCCUUCGGAGCAUUGCGGAUGUGGUUUGAACAGUGCUGCUGCUGCUGCUGCUGGAGCCCUGGGCUAUCGCUGCUGCUGGAUGGGUCUGUGCCUUGUAGUUGCCUAGUGAAGACUUUGCAGAUCAAACGCUGGUGGCCUUGGGGAAUGAGGACAACCCUGCUCCCUGUGUCUCACCAGCCAGAUGUGGUCUUUCUGCUCCAGCUGCAGAUGGCCUGGCUCAGAUCCUUGCACCAAGGCUCUCCCUUGGCUUUCCAAGGACAGCAUUACUGGCUCUCGGCAGCCACUGCCCCACCUUCAUGGGCUCAGAGGCGGCAUUUUUUAGGGGGGAUGAGUGGCUGGAACUAGCCAGGAACUUUGGAAAGUGAUGCAAGGGCCUCUCUAUAUUCCCCUCCCUCUCUGGUCCGGCCUCAAAGGGAGCCUGCCUUCCAGCACUCCUUGCCCUCAGACCUUUCGGUGUUGAACCUCUUAAAUCCCACCUUCCUCAGGUGCCUUCCAGCCCCCUCUCCGACUUCUACUUGAUCCCACUUCUGUUCAAGCUGGCAAGGAAAUGCAACUAGCUCUAACCUGCUAUCCUCCAUCUGCAUGCAACUUUAUAAAUCUGCCCCUGGGUGGUUUCCAAGAGGCAAACUCUCUCGUCUUGUGGAAAGAUCCCUUGUCAGGAGUCUUGCUUCUCCUCUAUAGUUGUUGUUGGAAGGCCAGUUUCUUUGCUGCCAAGACCUGCGUCAGCUUGUCUCUGUAUAAGCUGGCAAAAAGACCCUUCCAAUAACUGCUGAUGGUCCGAAGGCUGCUUUGCACCAAGUACCCCUCAAGGUCUUGCCUAUAAGAAACCACAAUAGAGGGGCAACUCCUGGAUGAGGACUGAUCUCCACUGGAACUGGAUUCAGGUUCUUCUGUGAGGAUCCCUGGGGACUAGAAUUUCCACAAAAGGGGGUCUGUUGUCCCAGGAUCAGUAGGAUGUUUUGCUUUGCAAAGGCAAAGGCUGUGACCAAUGCCUCCAAGUCAUGAAUUGGCCAGGGUUUUGCCAGGGUAGAGUGUGGCCUAGCCUCUGUGAGGAAGCAGGCACAAGCCCUCUCUCUGCCACAAAGCCCUGUUGUGACUUUGGAAAAGGUUAAAAGCUAUCUGCCUUGACUCACUCGGUGGUGGUGUCAAAUAGAUGUGCCACCGCCUUUGACAUAUACCUGCACUUCUACACUUCUUGACACUGGGUGGCAACACCAACUCCUACCUGCUCCACACUUUGGACACAUGCGAGGAUCUCUCUUUCUCUUGGUAAUUUAUUUGGAGUUGUGGUGUUUUGUAGUAAAGCAUAUUCCCCCACCCCAGCAAGAGGAGUACUUUGGCUCCCCACCUUUCCCCAAAAAGCCAAGAGAAGUUGUGUGUGCAUGUUUUCAAGAACAACAAGUGCACAAAACAAGAUUAUAGCUGGGGAGAGGGGAGAAUUUAAACUGCUAGUUUUAAGGUUUUGCACUAAGCUCCCCUUGUUCUCUGGUCACCUUUCCCCAUAUUUAUUACGCUCCCCCCCCCCCAGUGUAAUACGGUACGUUUCGUUAGACGCAUGAGAAUACUGUACAUUUGUGACAAUGUGAGUUAGGAGGAGUCACCCUUGUUAGAGAUAAAUAAAGCUGAAUGAUUCCCUGUU